AUGGAGACGCCCUACACCGACCACCUGACCCGAGAGGACUAUGAACAUGUCUAUGAACCUGCCGAGGACUCUUUUCUUUUGCUCGACGCUUUAGAAAAAGAUUUGGAUUUUUUAGAGCAAUUGAAGCCGAGUCUUUGUGUUGAAAUUGGAUCUGGUUCGGGAGUUAUAAUAUCUGCUUUGGCCAAAAAACUCGGCAUGGACUCAAUCUGCCUGGCCACUGAUAUCAAUCUUAAAGCGUGUGAUGCAACAAGAAGAACAGCUGUCCGCAAUGAAGCCCGCGUGUGCUCCAUUCGCUGCAAUCUAACAGAUGCAUUACGUCCGCGUACCGUUGACAUCCUUCUGUUCAAUCCACCAUAUGUAGUCACCAGCGAUGAGGAGCUUCAAACUCAACGGUUUAAUGCAGAUGCCGAACCUUCAACUGAACGCAAUUUGGUUUUCUCAUGGGCGGGCGGGAAGGAUGGCAGACGCAUCACGGACGUUCUACUUAAUAAACUAGAUGAUGUUCUCUCUCCGGCAGGAGUUUUAUAUCUGCUCCUUUUACAGGAAAACAAGCCUAACGAAAUUAUUAAACAUCUUGAAAGUCUCCAUUUUAGGGCUAUUAAGUUCCUGGAACGACGUAUUCCUGGUGAAUAUUUGCACAUUCUGAAGGUUACCAGGUCGUCAACAUGACGUGCAAUUAUUACAAUUCUAUGUAAUACUUCUAAUUUGUUUAUAAAUUCGUUUUUAUUAAAAAUUGUAGACGUAUUUAAAUAAUAAAAAAAAAAAUAUA